AUGGAAUCGUCCACCAACGAAAUCAUCAAAGAAAUCCCUGGUAUAAUUCGUAUUUUCGAAGACGGUCGAAUCCACAAACUCCAAGUUCCUGAUAUUGUUCCAGCCGGCGUCGAUCCUUCCUCCGGCGUUAAUUCCAAAGACGUCGUCUUUUCACCACAGAACAACGUCUUUGCUAGGCUUUACGUUCCAAAAACCACAACCAUAAUCCCCCACCACAAACUCCCGCUUUUAAUCUUCUAUCACGGUGGUGGUUUUAUGAUCGAAUCUGCUAAGUCCUCUCUGUACCACAACUUCCUCAACCUCGUCGUCUCAGAAUCCAACGUCGUCGCCGUCUCCGUCGACUACAGACUAGCGCCGGAGUUUCCUCUCCCGAUCGCUUAUGAAGACUCAUGGGAAGCGAUCAAGUGGGUUGCCGAGCAUGUUAAUGGAAAUGGUCCAGAGCCAUGGUUGAAUGAAUACGCCGAUCUUCAAAACAUCUUCCUCGCCGGCGACAGUGCCGGAGGUAACAUAGCACACCACAUGGCGAUCCGGGUCGGAUCGGAUACCCCCGCCGGUUUACGGUUCCAGGGUGUUAUCUUGUUUCACCCGUAUUUCUGGGGCAAGGAACGGGUUGGUAAGGAGUCCGACUUUCUUGAACCCCGGUUGAUUGCUCUUUUUAAUGACGCAUGGGCUGUGGCGCACCCGGGAAGCAGCGGGCUGGAUGACCCAUUGAUCAACCCGGGUAUAGAUCCGAAAAUAUCGGGUAUGGGUUGCUCCAAGAUGAUGGUUUUUAUCGGUGGGAAUGAUUUGAUGAGAGAGAGGGGAUUGUAUUACAAAGAUUUGGUCGAGAAAAGUGGGUGGAAAGGAGAUUUGGAAGUGGUGGAGGAUGAAGGAGAGGAACAUGUGUUUUUCUUAUUCAACCCUUCUUGUGCAAAUGCGUGUAGUUUGCGUACUAGAAUUUGUAAAUUCAUCAAUAAUGCUUGA